AUGAAACGGAUACACGUGCUCGAACGCGAAAUGAAAAAUCCAUCAGCAGACAUGGAUGCUUACGUGUUCGAUAAAAUUCUAGGUUCUAUGAUGGGGUUAACUUUGGGCGAUGCGCUCGGUGCUCAUGUCGAGUUUAGACCUCAUGCAUAUUUGGAUACACAUCCAGUCGAAGAUCUUGAAGGAGGCGGGACAUGGGGUCUGGAAAAGGGACAGUUUACGGAUGAUACUUCAAUGGCUCUCUGCCUAGCUGCAUCACUCAUUGAUCGACGUGACUUUAUUCCCUAUGAUCAAUUGGUACGUUAUAAAUGGUGGUAUCAAUAUGGAUACAUGUCAUCCACAGGAAAAUGUUUUGAUAUUGGUGCAGCCACUAAACAAUCUAUUAUUCAGUUUGAAAAGAAUCAAAAAGACUAUGCAAGCAAAACCAGCAUUCCUAUUGAUUAUAUGGAUUUCCUAUCCGAUCCCGGUUGUUUAAAGGAGUUUAACGUAUACUGCAGCGAAGAUGGAGUCGCUGGAAAUGGAGCUCUUAUGCGUCUCGCACCUGUUCCGCUUUUCUUCUACCGAAAUCCUAAAAAAGCCGUGGAAUAUGCAGGUAUCAGUGGAAAGAUUACCCAUGGCGAUGAGAAAGCCUAUGAUGCAUGUCGAUUUUAUGCAGCACUCAUCGUAGGUGCUCUUCAAAACAAAUCUAAAGAUGAUUUACUCAAAGAAACAUUCUAUACCGACUAUAAAACAUGGUUUGGCGACAAGGAUCUUCAUCCAGACAUUCAGAAAAUUGCGGAUGGAUCAUACAAAAAAGAAAGAGGAUAUGAAGAUGGAAUUCGAGGCAAAGGCUACAUUGUUAGUUCUCUGGAAGCUGCUUUAUGGGCAUUUUGGAGCGAUGAAGGCUCGUUCAAAAAAGGUGUAUUGAAGGCUAUUAAUCUUGGUGAUGACACCGACACAACUGCAGCUAUUUAUGGACAAUUAGCAGGUGCAUUUUAUGGUUUCAAGGGAUUGCCUGAAGAGUGGGUUAAAUAUAUAUAUGGAAGAAAAUUCAUUAAAUGCUUGAGCAAAUGGAUCGUAUACGAAGGAGAAAAUUGGUCACAAAGUCACACAUGCGACGAUAAUGAGACUGAAGCAACUGAUGUGUUACCAGAAGAAAUACCUAAUAAGUCACGUUUCAGACGUUAUACAGUUCAUACAAUUGUGCAUGAGGUUUCUCCAACUUCACACCAACCAACAGCACCAAAAAGUCAUCGUAGAUCAUCAACAGAUUUAAGUGAUAAUAAACCAUUACAAGCAGCAACUUUGGAUAAAACGUCAAUGCCAAAAACCGAUCGUAGAUCAUCAACAGAUUUGAGUAAUAAUAAACUGAGAGAAGAAACUCCGAAACCUGCACCACCAGAUAAUCAGCCGCCUGGCAACCGUGGUCGACGACAGACCCAUCAUUAUCUUUUCGACGCAUUUUCAAAAUCAUAA